AUGACGAGGAGAAUCGUUCGUACGAUGUGUCAAGUGGCAGCUUUUGCCUUCUUCUCCCUCGUCGUUGUCUACUUCAUCGACAACCGCUAUCGAGUUCUACCUUCAGCGCUGCACAACGCGUUACCCGCGCACCACCCAGGCCUCAUAGUGACAGAUAUAACAAUCAAAUCCUGCUCGAGCCUAAGUAUAUUCAGUACGUGUAAGCUCGAUGCGGAUGUCUGGCAUCGGAUCGAGAAGGACCUAUACUUGGGGAGCGGCUGGGUGAACAGCGCAUACGUGCAUGUCAAGCGCAAGAAGGAAGAAGACAUAUUGCCCGAUGACCAAGUGAUCUUGGAUGUUACGGUUGGGCGACUGGAUCCUGCGCAGGGCGUGAAGGGGGAGGCAAACGAGAAAUGGGAGGGCAGACCUAAUGGAAUAUGGUUGAAACAGGCCGCGAAACGGCAUGCGAAGGGCUCAAACCAAAUCAUCACCUCCGUGGACGUGCUAUUUGGUGCAGAUGCGGUGGAUCCAAGGGAUGGCUGGCAGAUGGCGGGAACGCCGCUACUCCUUGAAAACAGUGGAGAGGGGCAAGAGGCCAGACUAAGCAUAAGGCGCGGGAAGAAGGCGCCCCAUUCGAGACCAAUACCAAAGGUCAAUGAGAAUGGGAGAUUUAAGAUCAUGCAAGCGGCAGACUUGCAUUUAAGUACUGGGACGGGACUUUGCAGAGAUGAGAUGCCGCCAACACCCAAGGGAGAGAAGUGCGAAGCUGACCCAAGGACGUUGGAGUUCGUGGGUCGACUUCUCGACCAGGAGAAACCAGACUUGGUUAUCUUAAGUGGGGACCAAAUCAAUGGGGAUACCGCUCCCGACGCGCAGACUGCGAUCUUCAAAUAUGCAGAACUGUUCAUUGCACGCAAAAUCCCCUUUGCCACGAUCUUUGGGAAUCAUGACGACGAAGGGAAAUCAUCCCUCCCUCGCGCAGGACAAAUGUCCCUCAUCGAGUCCCUCCCGUACUCUCUGUCGGUCGCAGGGCCGGAAGAAAUCGAGGGAGUUGGAAACUACUACGUCGAAGUUCUCGCUCGUGGAAGCUCCAAACAUUCAGCUCUUACUGUAUACCUACUCGAUACGCACGCAUACUCCCCUGACGAACACAACUUCAAGGGUUACGAUUGGAUAAAGAAGAAUCAAAUAGAAUGGUUCAAGAAUACCGCGCAAGGAUUGAAGAAAGAGCAUGCAGGGUAUACAGGCAUACACAUGGAUCUUUCAUUCAUCCAUAUUCCACUACCCGAAUAUCGGGACGACAAACUUCCCAAGAAGGGGGAAUGGAGAGAGGGCGUCACGGCACCCGUCUUCAACACUGGAUUCCGGGAUGCAUUAGUUGAUGAAGGAGUGUUGAUGGUUAGCUGCGGCCACGAUCACGCCAAUGAAUAUUGCGCAUUGAGCAGCCACGAUGACGGCAAGCCAGCUCUUUGGAUGUGUUAUGCGGGUGGUGCCGGAUUUGGUGGAUAUGGUGGGUAUGGAGGAUACCACAGGAGGAUACGAUUCUUCGAUAUCGAUGUGAACGAGGCGAGGAUAACGACGUAUAAGCGAGUCGAGUACGGGGACCUCGAAAAAAGGAUCGACGAACAGAUAAUUGUCGAUGGUGGCAGACCAGCCAGGCUUCAGGAGGAGUAA